AUGGUUGUGGUUGCAGCGGCUGUGGCAUGGGAAGCUGGAAAGCCACUAGUGAUGGAGGAAGUAGAAGUCGCUCCACCGCAGAGACACGAAGUACGUAUCAAGAUUCACUUCACAUCUCUCUGUCACACCGAUGUUUGCUUCUGGGAAGCAAAGGGUAAACCAAAACACCCCUUAUCUUCUUUCACAAGUUUUAGUGUUUUAAGAUAUUUUUCUGGUUUUAGUGUUGUGGAGAGUGUUGGAGAAGGAGUGACUGAUCUUCAACCAGGAGAUCACGUUUUGCCCAUCUUCACCGGAGAAUGUGGUGACUGCCCUCACUGCCACUCUGAGGAAUCCAACAUGUGUGAUCUCCUCAGGAUCAACACGGACCGAGGCGGCAUGAUUCAUGAUGGCCAAUCAAGAUUCUCCACCAAGGGAAAACCCAUUCACCAUUUCCUUGGAACCUCCACUUUCAGUGAGUACACAGUGGUGCACUCCGGUCAGGUCGUUAAGAUCAACCCGGAUGCUCCUCUUGACAAAGUCUGCAUCGUUAGCUGUGGCUUAUCCACUGGGCUAGGAGCAACUUUGAAUGUGGCUAAACCCAAGAGAGGUCAGAGUGUUGCCAUUUUUGGUCUUGGUGCAGUUGGUUUAGCUGCUGCUGAAGGUGCUAGAAUUGCUGGUGCUGGUAGGAUUAUUGGUGUUGAUCUCAACCCCAAUAGAUUCGAGGAAGGUACUAAGAAAUUUGGUGUGACCGAGUUUGUGAACCCUAGAGAUCAUGACAAACCUGUUCAGCAAGUUAUCACUGAGAUGACAGAUGGUGGAGUUGACCGGAGUGUGGAGUGCACAGGAAGCGUUCAAGCCAUGAUUCAAGCUUUUGAAUGCGUUCACGAGGGUUGGGGUGUUGCGGUGCUGGUGGGUGUGCCAAGACAAGACGAUGCAUUCAAGACUCAUCCCAUGAAUUUUCUGAACGAGAGGACUCUCAAGGGCUCUUUCUUUGGGAACUAUAAACCCAAAACUGACAUUCCAGGGGUCGUUGAGAAGUACAUGAACAAGGAGCUGGAUCUUGAGAAGUUCAUCACUCACACAGUGCCAUUCUCGGAGAUCAACAAGGCCUUUGAUUACAUGUCAAAGGGAGAUUGUAUCCGUUGCAUCAUCAACAUGGGCGCUUGA